GCAGAAGUUGUAAAGAUAAAAUACCAGUUUGGGGAGGAAUUGACAAGAGUAGUGGUAUUUUAAUUACCGAGGUGGUUCCUAAUACUCAACAAGAAACUAUUGAGCCAAUAAUUAGAAAGCAUAUUAAAGAGGGAAGCACAAUUAAUACUGAUGAAUGA